GUUUUAACUGAGAACCACGGUUGUAGGAUGGGUUAUUUUAGUAUAAAAUAAUAAAAUGUUAUACAAUAUGAAUUCAAGUAAUAAAAAAUUGUGGUUUUACGAUGAAUUAGGGGACCGUCCCAUAUACGUGAUAUAACAAUCCAUUCAUAAGUCUGUGUACCUUUGUAUUCGAGACAUUCAUUCAAAGACAUUAACAAAGAGUAGUUAGUGCAAUCAUCAUUAUGAGUGCGAUAGUGAAAGUGGUAGUUCCACUUGUGCUAACAAUAACUAUCUUAUUUAGAGAAGCGGCGAUGCAAGUAUUUGACGACGUCGAUGGUUGCAUAGGAAAUAUAUGUUAUCAAGAUUCUAGUUAUCCAUAUCAAGAUAUUCAAGAUAACUGGAAAAUCAAACCAGAAGAAUUUUUGAAUACGUUAGGAGCGCCAGUUUCUAGAUCUAACGUUCCAAGACACGAAAGUGAAGCCAGAAGUUUAUGCAAAUUAUGUGAAACUAAAAUCAGUAACAGAUUUCAAGUUAUGAGUAUCCUUGAUGAUAUUAGGAAAAAAGAAUAUGUGAUUAAUACUACUAAAUAUCCGAGACCAACGAUUUAUUUAGAAACUUGCAAAAAUAAUGACGCUCCUUGUGAUAUAGAAAAUCUUCCUAAUGAUGUUACGACGAAAUGCGUCCAAAAGAAAACCACAAUAAAUCUUCUUACUUUCAAUACAACGUCAAAGGAAUUUGUAUCACGUACCGUGAAUUACCCUAGUGCUUGCGAAUGUGUGCUUUUAGAAGAAGGCCCCGAAGAAUGAACAUUUUAAAUUUAGAAAGUACACAUUUGUGUCCACAUUACCAAAAAGACUGAAUAAGUAAUAAAUAGAUGCAUAAAUAGGACUGUUAGAUUCGUUUGUGAUAAGAAAUGAGUUACUAUAGAAAUGUGUACCACAAGAAUAAAUAAUAACCAGAAGGAUAUCUCCAAUUACGUGAUCUUCGAGGGCUCCCAACCUUCAAGCACACCUACACCGAUAUUCUACACCGAAACUUUCAGUGCUGUGGUAUCUAAAUCGUGAAUUUAUAACAUUUAAGUUUACUUCUAUAACAUAAUAGUAUAUUACACAACUAGUGCGGAAAGUGAUAUAUUUCGCACUUAUAUUAAAUACGGGUUAUGUACACUAUUUUUCAUACGAAAACCGAGCAUUGGUUAGGUAUAUUUUUUAGUGUAUAGUGUGUAAUAUAACUUUGAAUUUUAAGGCAGGAAAUUUGUGGAUUUGAAUUUAUUUGUAUAGGUAGAUUGUAAUUACAAUUUCUGUAUGUAACGAUUUUAUAAAAGCUUGUUUUUGAUUAAAAAAUAAAAUAAAAUA